AUGCAACAAAUGCCUGAAGAGGGUCGUCAGUUUCAAGUUGUUAAUCGUAACUUCAGAGAUAUCAUGAAGAAUACAGUGAAAGAUCCCAAUGUUUUAAAGGCAACUGAUUUCCCAGGGAUUCUGGAAAAAAUCAAAGAUAGCAAUGCGCUACUGGAUAAAAUUAAUAAAGGCUUAAAUGCAUAUUUAGAGAAAAAACGUUUGUACUUCGCAAGAUUUUUCUUCUUAUCCAACGAUGAAAUGUUGGAGAUCUUAUCGGAAACCAAAGAUCCCCUUCGUGUGCAACCUCACCUGAAAAAGUGUUUUGAAGGUAUUGCUAAGUUGGAAUUUGACAGUCGUCUGGAUAUUAAGGCAAUGUUUUCAAGUGAAGGUGAAAAGAUUAAAUUAAGUCAGCCUAUAAGUACAUCGGAAGCACGUGGUUCUGUAGAGAAAUGGUUACUCCAGGUAGAAAAAGUCAUGAUUAUGUCAAUCAGAGAUGUAAUAGCAGCGGCCAGAGAGGCUUAUACAGAUGAAAUUCGUGAAAUGUGGGUUUGUCAGUGGCCUGGGCAAGUUGUACUGUGUGUAUCACAGAUAUACUGGACAAUUGAAGUACAUGAAGCACUUGUAGAUGAAAUAAAAGGCUUAGAAAAUUAUUAUGAAAAAUUAAAUAAACAGAUGACUGAUAUAGUUAGAUUAGUUCGAGGGAAAUUGAAUGCACAACAACGUAUUACACUUGGUGCACUUGUGGUCAUUGAUGUGCAUGCACGUGAUGUUGUACACGAUAUGAUUAAAUUGGGUGUAACCUCGGAGAAUGAUUUCAAUUGGUUAUCACAGCUAAGAUAUUAUUGGGAGAACGAAAAUGUUCAGGUUAAGCUUACAAAUGCCAAAGUGGCGUAUGCAUAUGAAUAUUUGGGUAAUUCUCCUCGUCUCGUUAUUACUCCUCUCACGGAUCGAUGCUAUCGAACACUGAUUGGAGCAUAUCACUUAAAUUUAAAUGGUGCACCAGAAGGACCAGCUGGAACUGGUAAAACGGAGACCACAAAAGAUUUGGCCAAAGCUCUUGCUGUUCAGUGUGUAGUGUUCAACUGUUCAGAUGGUCUGGAUUACAUUGCUAUGGGUAAAUUCUUCAAAGGACUUGCCUCCGCUGGUGCAUGGGCCUGUUUUGACGAGUUCAAUCGCAUUGAACUUGAAGUUUUAUCUGUCGUUGCUCAACAGAUUUUAUGUAUUAUACGCGCUAUUCAAGCACAUUUAGAAGUAUUCGUGUUUGAAGGAACUGAACUCAAUUUAAAUCCCAACUGUUAUGUUUGCAUUACAAUGAAUCCUGGUUAUGCUGGCCGAUCUGAAUUACCUGACAACUUAAAAGUUCUCUUUCGUCCAGUAGCCAUGAUGGUACCAGACUAUGCUAUGAUUGGUGAAAUCUCAUUAUAUUCCUAUGGUUUUAUGGAUGCACGUAGUUUAUCUGUGAAAAUUGUUACUACUUACCGUUUAUGCUCCGAGCAACUUUCAUCUCAAGCUCAUUAUGACUAUGGUAUGCGUGCAGUGAAAGCUGUCCUACAAGCAGCUGGUAAUUUGAAACUAAAAUAUCCAGAUGAAAAUGAAAACAUUAUCCUUCUACGUUCAAUUAUUGAUGUGAAUUUACCAAAGUUUUUAGCUCAUGAUAUUCCAUUGUUUCGUGGUAUCAUCUCAGAUUUAUUUCCUGGUAUUGCAUUGCCUGAAGCAGAUUAUAGUCUCUUCUUAGCUGAAGUGCAUAAAGUAUGUCAAGAAAGAAACAUACAAGCUGUCAACUUUUUCACAGAGAAAAUCAUACAGACCUACGAAAUGAUGAUUGUACGACACGGCUUUAUGCUUGUUGGUGAACCAUUUGGAUCUAAAACUGCUGUCCUGCAUACAUUGGCUACAGUAAUGACACGUUUAAAUGAAAAUGGACAUGAGGAAUAUGAAAAAGUGACUUAUAAGACAAUUAAUCCUAAAGCGAUAACAAUGGGACAGUUGUUUGGCGAAUUUGAUCCUGUUUCACAUGAAUGGACUGAUGGUAUAACAGCGAAUACUUUCCGUGAAUUUGCAUCAGCUGAUACACCAGACAGAAAAUGGGUAAUAUUCGAUGGACCAAUCGAUACUUUAUGGAUUGAAAGUAUGAAUACUGUGCUAGAUGAUAAUAAAAAGUUAUGUUUGAUGUCUGGGGAAAUUAUUCAGAUGUCUCGUGUAAUGAGUCUUAUAUUCGAAACGAUGGAUUUAUCUCAAGCAUCUCCAGCUACGGUAUCACGUUGUGGCAUGAUAUAUAUGGAGCCAGCAUCACUAGGUUGGCGUCCACUUGCACGUUCAUGGAUGAAUUGUUUACCACCCUCUCUAACAGCUGGUGAUGGUAAAGCUAUUAUUAAUGCAAUGCUUGAGUGGGCAAUAGAUCCCUGUUUAGAAUUUAUUCAAACUGAUUGUCGUACAUUGGUGUCUACACGUCAAACGAAUCUAGUAACAUCAUGUUUAGGAUUUAUCAAUAUGCUCAUUGAAGAUGUAGCUAAUCAAGACGAUGCCAGUGAAAAUCGUUAUCUACGUUUAUGGUUACAAACAUCCAUUGUAUUUGGUAUAAUAUGGGGAAUUGGUGGUUGUUUAGACUAUAAUAGUCGGCAGAAAUUUGAUCGUUUCCUAAGAAAUUUAUUGGCUGGUGUAAAUGAAAAUCAUCCUUUACCAAAUGAAUUAGGACAACGAUUAGAGUUUCCAUUUCCAGAAUCUGGACUCGUCUAUGACUUCUAUUACAAGAUGAAAAGUCGUGGCUCAUGGAAGCAUUGGAAUGAAAAGAAUAGAUCAAAUGAUCAAUUUUCUGACAGAAAAAUUCGUGAAAUAAUUGUACCUACAAUGGAUACGGCACGUUAUAAAUUCAUUGUAGAUUUAUGUAUGGAAAAACGUCGGCCACUAUUGUAUGUUGGGCCAACUGGAACUGGAAAAUCAGUUUAUGUUCAAGAAAAGUUAAUGCGAGAAAUUGAUAGAGAUAAAUACGUGGCUUAUUUUGUUAACUUCUCUGCUCAAACAAGCGCAAAUCAAACUCAGUUCAUUAUCAUGUCAAAAACUGAUCGAAGACGAAAAGGUGUCUACGGUCCACCAAUGGGUAAAACAGCUGUCCUGUUUGUGGAUGAUUUGAAUAUGCCAACUAAAGAAAUUUAUGGUGCUCAGCCGCCAAUAGAACUAUUGAGAAUGCUUAUUGAUCAUGGAUAUUGGUAUGAUUUAAAGGAUACUACCAAACUGAUAUUACAAGAUAUUCAUUUAAUUGGUGCUAUGGGACCUCCAGGAGGUGGACGUAAUGAUGUAUCUCAACGAUUUAUGAGACAUUUUCAUGUCAUCAGUAUGACGCCAUUCAAUGAUGAGACAAUGACAAGAAUAUUUUCAACACUGAUGGGUUUUUAUAUGCGGUCACAAGAGUUUAGUUCAGAAUACAUAACAGUUGGUCAGAUAAUAGUAACAUCUACUCUGGAAGUGUACAAAGCUGCAAUUGAAAAUUUGCUGCCUACACCGGCUAAGUCUCACUAUUUAUUUAACUUGAGAGACUUCAGUCGUGUUAUUCUUGGCGUAUGUUUAAUUCAGAAAGAUCGUGUUGAAAGUAAACGAACAUUUUCACGUUUAUGGGCUCAUGAAGUGAUGCGUGUCUUCUACGAUCGUUUAACAGAUGAUGCAGAUAGAACAUGGCUAUACAAAUUUAUACGAGGUUGCUUGGAAAAUAAUUUUAAAGAGAAAUUCAAUCAGUUAUUCGCUCAUUUAGCUGCAUAUGAAGGGGAAGAGAUUGGUGAGACACACUUAAGAAGUUAUGUUAUGUUUGGAGAUUAUAUGGAUCCAGAAUCGUUGCCAGAAGAUAGAGUUUAUGAAGAAAUCAAAGACAUUCAAGCAGUGUAUCCUGUUGUAGAACACUGCUUAGAAGAUUAUAAUAACGCUAAUACGAAGAAGAUGUCAUUAGUCAUAUUUCGAUAUGUGCUGGAACAUUUGUCAAGAAUUUGUCGAAUUCUUCGUGUACCCGGUGGAAAUGCUUUACUUGUUGGUGUUGGUGGUUCUGGUCGUCAAUCACUGACCAGAUUAGCUUCAGCGAUGGCAGGUUAUACUGUAUUUCAACCUGAAAUAUCUAAAAAUUAUGGUAAAAAUGAAUGGCGUGAAGAUUUAAAGUCAUUGUUGCGACACGCUGGAGGAGAGGGUAAAAACAUGGUAUUCCUUAUGACUGAUAGUCAAAUAAAAGAAGAAAAUUUCUUAGAAGAUGUGGAUAGUCUGCUCAACUCUGGAGAAGUUCCUAAUCUGUAUACUUCUGAAGAAAAAGCUGAACUAAUGGAUAUCAUACAAAAUUGUCUUGAGGCAUCAGGUGGAAGUAAAUCAGUUGACUUAUCACCUUUAGCACUGUACGCUUUAUUUGUGGAUAGAUGUCGAGAGAAAUUACAUAUAGUUAUGGCUUUUUCACCUAUUGGAGAAGCCUUUCGAAAUCGUUUAAGACAAUUUCCUGCUCUGAUUAAUUGCUGUACAAUUGACUGGUUCCAGCCAUGGCCUGAGGAUGGUUUAAUUCGAGUUGCCAACAGGGCACUUCAUCAUUUGGAUAUGGAAGAUAAUGUUCGUGAAUCAACUGUUCAUUUGUUCAAGUAUUUUCACACAUCAAUCACACCUUUAUCUGAGAAAUUCUUGACACAUCUAGGUCGAAAAACCUAUGUAACACCUACUUCAUAUUUAGAACUAAUUAACAGCUUUCAGAGGCUUCUAACUCAAAAACAGAAUGAAACUAGUCGAGCUAGAAUGCGUUACAUCAAUGGACUGGAUAAACUGGCAUUUGCUGCGGAACAGGUGGCUGAUAUGCAAAUUAAGCUAGAAGAACUUCAGCCUCAGCUUGUAUUGGCCAGUGGAGAAAAUGAGAAGCUCUUAACUGUCAUAGCUACUGAGUCAGUUGCCGUUGAAGAACAACGUGUCAAAGUCAAAGCUGAAGAGGAAAUCGUCAAUCAGAAAGCUGAUGCAUCGAAGGCAUUAAGCGAGGAAUGUAGAGCUGAUUUAGCUGAAGCUCAGCCAGCAUUAGAAGCUGCCCUCUGCGCUUUAGAUACAUUGAAGCCGGCUGAUAUAACAAUAGUAAAGUCGAUGCAGAAUCCUCCUCCAGGAGUUAAGCUUGUCAUGGAAGCAGUUUGCGUAAUGCGUGAUAUUAAACCGGAUAAAGUAAAUGAUCCUUCAGGAUCAGGUAAAAAAAUUAAUGAUUACUGGGGUCCGUCAAAGAAAUUACUCAGCGAUCUAAACUUCUUGACAGUGUUAAGAGAAUAUGACAAAGAUAACAUCAAUCCUGCGAUAAUGCAACGCAUACGUAAAGAUUUUAUGACAAAUCCUGAAUUCGAUCCAAUCAAAGUAGCUCGUGCAAGUUCAGCAGCUGAAGGAUUAUGUAAGUGGAUAUUAGCCAUGGAACAAUAUGAUCGUGUUGCUAAGAUUGUAGCGCCGAAACGAGCAAAACUAGCUGAAGCGGAAGCUGAACUUGCUGAAAAUAUGGCAUGUUUAAAAAAAACACAAGCUGCAUUGGCUGAAGUUGAAGAGAAAUUAGAAAAUUUACAAAAUCAACUUGAAAAUACACAAAAUGAGAAAAAGCGUUUAGAAGAUGAAGUGUUAAACUGUGCAACUAAAUUGGAGAGAGCAACAAAGUUGAUUGGAGGUUUAGGCGGUGAAAAAGAUCGUUGGGCUCAAGCAGCAGAUUAUCUUGAAAAGUUGUAUCAUAAUCUCACUGGUGAUGUGCUUAUAUCAGCUGGUAUAAUUGCCUAUCUAGGACCAUUUACAUCAGUUUAUAGAGAAGAAUGUGUAUGUGAUUGGAUUGUUCAGUGCAAAGCACAGAAUAUUGCUUGUUCUGAACCGUUUGCACUAACUCAGUGUCUUGGUGACCCUGUGAAGAUUCAACAGUGGAAUAUUAAUGGUUUACCUCGCGAUGCUUUCUCCAUAGACAACAGUGUUAUUGUUGCAAAUGCUAGACGAUGGCCAUUGAUGAUUGAUCCGCAAGGACAGGCAAACAAAUGGAUAAAGAAUAUGGAAAAAGAAGCCGGGAUUAUCGUUGUCAAAUUAACAGACAACGAUUUUAUUCGGAAUCUAGAAAAUAGUAUUCAGUUUGGUACUCCAUUAUUAUUGGAAAAUGUUGGUGAAGAUUUGGACCCAAGUUUGGAACCGUUAUUGCUUAAACAAACAUUUAAACAAGGCGGUGUAGAUAUGAUUCGUUUGGGCGAAAAUGUUAUUGAAUAUUCAAAAGAUUUUCGUUUGUACAUCACAACUAAACUAAGAAACCCCCAUUAUCUACCUGAAAUCGCAGUGAAAGUUUCUUUGCUGAACUUUAUGAUCACAUUGGAGGGUUUAGAAGACCAGUUGUUAGGUAUUGUUGUCGCGAAAGAAAAACCAGAACUGGAGGAAGCUCGUCAAGAACUAAUCAUAACUACAGCCAAUAACAGACGUAUGCUGAAGGAGACAGAAGAUCGAAUAUUGGCCACAUUAUCAGAAUCUGAAGGAAACAUCUUAGAAAAUGAAGCUGCCAUUGAAAUACUUGACUCAUCGAAAGUGAUUUCGGAUGAUAUUUUAAGAAAACAGAAGGUUGCUGAGGAAACACAAAAGAAAAUUGACAGUGCAAGAAUGGAUUAUUCACCGAUAGCUAAACAUUCAGCUGUAUUGUUCUUCUCUUUGACAGAUUUGCCAAAUAUUGAUCCAAUGUAUCAAUACUCUCUGGCAUGGUUUGUAAAUCUCUAUGUAAAUUCUAUUCACGACAGUAAUAAGUCGAAAAUCUUGGAAAGACGUUUACGCUACUUAAAGGAUCAUUUUGAAUAUAACCUCUAUACGAAUGUAUGUCGUUCACUGUUUGAAAAGCAUAAAGUAUUAUUUGCCUUCAGUAUGAGUAUAAACAUUGUGAAAGCACGUGGUGAACUGGAAAUGGAUGAAUUUAUGUUCUUCUUAACUGGUGGAGUUGGAUUGGAAAAUAAAUUAGCUAAUCCAGCUAGUGGUUGGCUUGCAGACAAAUGUUGGGAUGAAAUAUGUCGUAUGUCAUUACUGAAAACAUUUGAAUCAUUUUGUGAACACUUUACAACUCAUUUAUCUGAAUGGAAACAAUAUUAUGACAGUAAAGAACCACAGGAAGCUAAGCUACCCGAACCUUGGGAUAAAUUAGACAUCUUCAAAACUCUGAUUAUUCUGAGGUGUAUACGCCCGGAUAAGGUAGUUCCUGGUGUAAUGAAUUAUGUUAGAGAAAAGUUGGGCCGAAAAUUUGUUGAACCACCUCCGUUUGAUUUAGCUCGAUCAUAUCAAGAUUCAAGUUGUACUACACCACUUAUUUUUAUUCUUUCCCCGGGUGCUGAUCCAACUAUGGCGUUGCUAAAAUUUGCUACGGACAAGGGUUUUGGAGGGGUGCGCUUUCAGUCUAUAAGUUUAGGUCAAGGUCAAGGGCCUAUAGCCGCUAAAAUGAUUUCCCAGGGUAAACAAGAUGGAUCUUGGGUUUUACUUCAAAAUUGUCAUUUAGCUGUGAGUUGGAUGACAGCACUUGAAAAGAUAUGUGAAGAAAUGACUGUAGAAAAUACCAACGCAACAUUCCGUUUAUGGCUUACAAGCUAUCCAUCACCAAAGUUCCCAGUGACUGUCCUACAAAAUGGCAUAAAAAUGACAAAUGAACCACCUACUGGUUUGAGACAAAAUCUUCUCCAGUCUUACUUGAAUGAUCCUAUAUCUGACUCAGAAUUCUUCGAAGGUUGUCCAGGCAAAGAAGCAGUGUUUGAGAAAUUGUUGUUUGGAUUAUGUUUUUUCCAUGCACUUGUACAAGAACGUAUUAAAUUUGGUCCUUUGGGAUGGAAUAUACCUUAUGGAUUUAAUGAAUCAGAUUUACGUAUAUCAGUUAGACAGUUACAAAUGUUUGUAAAUGAAUAUGAGAAAGUCCCUUAUGAUGCCAUCCAGUAUAUGACAGGUGAAUGUAACUAUGGUGGUCGUGUUACAGAUGAACGAGACAGACGUUGUUUAAUGACAAUAUUGAGUGACUUCUUGUGUCAAAACGUUGUCAGUGAUCCACGAUAUAAGUUUUCUCCAAGCGGAUUGUAUUUCGCACCACCUAAGAUGGAAUACAAUGAAUAUUUGGAAUUUAUUAAGAGUUUGCCAGCAACUCAAAAUCCUGAAGUAUUUGGAAUGCAUGAAAAUGUUGACAUCACAAGAGAGUUGAGUGAAACACGUACACUAUGUGAUUCGGUUCUUUUGACUGUUGGUCAGAUAGCUUCUGAAGGUGGUGGAUUUUCCGAUUCACGAAUCGAUGAUAUAGCCUGUGAUAUAUUGGGCAAACUACCAGAAGCCUUUGACAUAACUCAGGCAUAUAAAAAGUAUCCUGUCAAGUAUGAGGAAAGUAUGAAUACUGUACUUGUGCAAGAAAUGGAACGUUUUAACAACUUAACAAAUAUUAUCAAGUCAACAUUGAGUGAUUUACGCAAAGCAAUUAAAGGUCUUGCAAUAAUGUCUGAAAGUUUGGAAUCGUUAACUGCAGCUCUGUCGAUUGGCAAAUUACCCACCUUAUGGGCACGUCGAUCAUAUCCAAGUUUAAAACCUCUGGGUUCUUAUAUCAAUGAUCUUUUAGAAAGAUUGAAAUUCUUUCACAACUGGUUUGUUGAUGAUAAGCCUGCUACUUACUGGGUUUCUGGAUUCUUUUUCACUCAAGCCUUUUUGACAGGAGUUCUGCAGAACUACGCACGUCGUACAAAAAUACCAAUUGAUUUAUUAGUCUUCGAUUUCGAGGUACUUGCUACGCACAAAGAAACCAAACCUCCUUCUGAUGGUGCUUAUAUUCACGGCUUAUUCUUGGAUGGAAGUCGUUGGGACUACGAAAGUAUGGAACUCGGUGAGCAAUAUCCAAAGAUAUUAAAUGAUCCAAUGCCAGUUAUAUGGUUGAAACCUAUUCUUCGCAAGGAACUUGAAGAGUUAUCAACUAAACUGAUUCGAUAUAGUUGUCCAGUAUAUAAGACCAGUGAACGUCGUGGCACGCUUUCAACAACUGGACACUCAACUAAUUUUGUUUUGCCUAUAUUGUUACCAACAAGUGUGAAUCCAAGUCACUGGGUGAAACGUGGAGCUGCUCUUCUAUGUCAGUUAGAUGACUAA